UAAAAAAGUUUGAGCGUCGUAGACAUUGCAAGAAGAGAAUGGUCAAAGGUAAAAAGAGUUGUAUUGACUUUGGACUAUGAAGGAGUCUUCCCGGAAAUAUUGUAUAGAGACUUUCAUGUUUCAUUCAUACAGUUGUAACAUAAAUUUAUAUCUCCGUGUUCUUCUCUUUUUCUCUCCCACUUUGUUUCUUCUUCCUUAAUUCUGGUUUAUGUUUCUCAACUUCCAUGCUUUCAUUUCCCCUUCACCUCCAGGCAUUUGAAGUUGAACUCUAACUGGUAUGGAAGAAUUCCUUAAUCAGAAGUUGCAAAAAGAAACUUCUGCCAUCAUCUUACCAACAUUUUCUACUGUUAUUGUUUCAUGGGAGAAAAAGGGAUUUUAUUUUCUAGACUAAUUGUGCCACGAAAAAGACAAUGGCUCUCGAUUCAUUGACGUCUGGUCUUGCUUCGGAAGCUAUUUCUCAAAUUAUAGAUACCGUUUCCGAGAUUGUAUAUUCUGCUGGUGGUGUCCUUGUGAAUAAGGAUAGUUUUAAGGAACUUGCAGCUUACUUGCAAAGAAUUGCGCCUAUCUUAAAACAGUUGAGCAAAGAAAAGGUCAGUGAUUCCGAGACAUUCAACUACGCUAUUGAGGUUCUGGAUCGUGAAAUCAAAGAUGGAAAGAAAUUGGUUCAAGAAUGUAGCAAGAAGAGCAAGGUAUAUCUUCUUGUGAAUUGCAGAACCGUUUUUAAGCGCUUGAAGCACAACACAAGCGAGAUUAGCAAGGCACUUGGUCUUCUUCCUUUGGCUACAUCAGGCCUUUCUGCUGGAAUAAUUGAAGAAAUCAAAAGGUUAUGUGACAAUAUGCAGGCAGCUGACUUUAAGGCAGCCAUAUCUGAGGAAGAGAUAUUAGAGAAAAUCGAGUCAGCGAUACAGGAAAAGAAUUUCGACCGCUCCUAUGCAAAUAAUUUGCUUCUUCUCAUUGCAGAUGCUGUUGGAAUUACAAAAGAGCGGUCAACACUAAGAAAAGAGCUUGAAGAGUUUAAAAGUGAAAUUGAAAAUGAGAAAGACCGGGCUGAAACCAUACAAAUGGAUCAAAUUAUUGCUUUGUUGGAAAGGUCUGAUGCAGCCUCGUCAACUAGGGAAAAGGAACUCAAGUACCUCGCCAAACGAAAUUCUUUGGGUAAUCAACCGUUGGAGCCUUUACAGUCCUUUUAUUGCCCCAUUACGGGUGAUGUUAUGGUUGACCCUGUGGAAACUUCAUCAGGGCAAACAUUUGAGAGAAGUGCAAUUGAAGAGUGGUUUGCAGAAGGAAACAAAUUGUGUCCUCUGACUUUCAUUACUUUAGACACGUUGAUUUUGAGACCUAACAAAACCUUGAAACAAUCAAUAGAAGAAUGGAAAGAUAGAAAUGCAAUGAUCACAAUUGCUUCAAUGAGAGAGAAGAAAAUCCAGUCUGGAGAUGAAGUUGGAGUAUUACAUUGUCUGCAAGCUCUUCAAGAUUUGUGUGAACAAAAGGAUCAGCAUAGAGAAUGGGUGGUACUGGAGAAUUAUAUACCUGUUCUUAUCCAAAUUCUUGCUGAAAAAAACAGUGAUAUAAGAAAUCACGUCCUUGUCAUCCUUUGCAUGCUGGUGAAGGAUAAUGAAGAUGCCAAGGAAAGAAUUGCAAAUGUUAAAAAUGCAAUUGAGUCUAUUGUCCGUUCUCUUGGGCGUCGUUUGGGGGAAAGGAAGUUGGCGGUGGCAUUACUUCUGGAACUAUCCGAAUAUGAUUUGUUAAGAGAAUACAUUGGAAAAGUUCAAGGUUGCAUACUACUAUUGGUGACUAUGUCUAGCAGUGAGGAUAAUCAAGCUGCAAGAGAUGCAACAGAGUUACUGGAGAAACUUUCAUCCUCUGAUCAGAAUGUUAUACAGAUGGCAAAAGCAAAUUAUUUCAAGCAUUUAUUGCAGCGCCUCUCCGCAGGACCAGAUGAUGUGAAGAUGAUUAUGGUCAAAAUGUUAGCAGAAAUGGAGUCAACAGACCGCAAUAAGGAGAUCUUAUUUGACAGUGGUAUUCUGCCUCCUCUUCUUCGCUUGGUCUCACAUAAUGAUGUUGAGAUGAAAUUGGUUGCCCUUAAAGCUCUUCAGAAUCUAUCUACUUUAAAGAAAAAUGGACUUGAAAUGAUUCAACAAGGUGCAGCACGCAAACUAUUUGGCAUUCUUUUCCAGCAUAGCCUUCCUUCCUCAAGUUUGUCUGAACAUGUAGCUCCCAUAAUUAUGCAACUUGCUGCAUCUACCAUCUCCCAGGAUACACAGACACCGGUUUCAUUGUUAGAGUCCGAUGAAGAUGUUUUUAACCUUUUUUCUCUAGUUAGCUACACAGUGCCUGAUGUGCGACAAUAUAUUAUCCAGACAUUUUAUUCCUUAUGUCACUCGCCCUCAGCUUCGUAUAUCAGGAACAAGCUAAGAGAGUGCCCAUCAGUUCUAGUAUUGGUCAAAUUGUUUGAGAAUGAAAGCCUAAGUCUUCGAGCAAGUGCUGUGAAGUUGUUUUCUUGCCUGGUAGAAAGUUGUGAUGAAGACGCCAUACUAAAGCAUGUGAAUCAGAAGUGUAUUGAGACUUUACUCCAGAUGCUGAAAUCUUCAUCUGACAAAGAAGAAAUUGUUUCUGCUAUGGGAAUAAUUCGAUAUCUUCCAAAAGUUCAACAGAUCACUCAGUGGCUUUAUGAUGCCGGGGCACUGUCAAUCAUUUGUAAAUAUGUCCAAGAUGGCACGGAUAAAGAUCUCCAAAAGAGUAAGUUGGUAGAAAAUUCUGCUGGUGCAUUAUGUCGUUUUACAGUUCCAACAAACUUGGAAUGGCAAAAGAGUGCAGCCGAAAUUGGGAUCAUUACUGUUUUAGUACAGUUGCUUGAAAGUGGAACUGCUCAAACAAAACAGCUAGCAGCACUGUCCCUAACUCAAUUUUCUAAAAGCUCAAAUGAACUGAGCAGUCCAAUGCCAAAGCGCAAGGGAUUUUGGUGUUUCUCAGCUCAAACAGAAGCCGGAUGCUUAGUUCAUGGUGGUGUAUGCAUCGUGGAAUCAUCAUUUUGCCUAUUGGAGGCUGAUGCGGUGGGAGCACUAGCAAAGACUCUUGGGGACUCUGAUCUUGGAGUGUGUGAGAAUUCUUUAGAUGCUCUUCUAACUUUAAUUGAUGGGGAAAAGCUACAGAGUGGUAGUAAAGUGCUUGCAGAUGAAAAUGUCAUACCACUAAUAAUAAGAUUUCUCGGUUCCCCUUCUCCCGGAUUGCAGGAAAAGUCUCUUAAUGCUUUGGAGAGGAUUUUCCGGCUAUUAGAGUUCAAACAGAAAUAUGGAGCUUCAGCUCAAAUGCCUUUGGUUGACUUAACUCAGCGGGGUAAUGGUAGCAUUAAAUCCUUGGCAGCUCGAAUAUUGGCACAUUUGAACGUGCUUCAUGAUCAAUCUUCAUAUUUCUAAUGAAUGUUGAUUCGAUUAAUGUACUGAGGAGCAAAGUCAAGUUAAGUAACCAUAAGGUUCAAUCUUCUCUUGAUCCUUUGAGCGUGGCAUGACAAAAACCGUUGCAAACUCCAACUUGGACAGGAAAUGAUCCUCUUUGACAAUGAAAACUGCAUUCAUCCGUGCAGCAGCAUGAUAUUGAUGUGGUUCCUCAUGCUUGAAGAACAUAAUUCAUUUUCCUCAGUCUGCUAACUAUGGGACCAAGGUUGUAGCUCUACAUUGAGCUAUUUCUACUGGAAAAUUAUAUAGAUCAUGUAUUCUAAGUGUUUUCAUUCAAUUUAGGCUACUGUUGUAUUAAGGUAGGAUCACCAUUGGACAUGUAGGGAUUUAUUUGGAGCUUGUAUUAUACGCCCCAAAUAUCUUGUACAUUUGAGGAUUUAUCGGAUUGUCUGGUUACUUGUGUAAUAAAUAAAAUCCCUUUCUAGAAU